AUCCGAUUCACCGAGCAAUGGGAAUUGUAGUUUAAACAAACUGUAGCAAACUGGAGGAGUCUGAACGUCAGCCAGUCGAGCUGGGAGGCGAGCUGUCCAGGGCUAGCGAAUUUACAUCAUUUAGAAGGACUUUUUUAUCUGGCUAUACUGGUUCUUUAACAGUUUUGCAGAUCACAAUGGCGACCGGUGCAGAUGCCCGAGAGAUACUGGAAUGGUGUGGAGGGGAGAACGAUGCCGGGCCUCUAAGUAAAAAGGACAGCAUACUUAAUGCUGAUAUGAAAAAGGCCAAGAAGGCGGCGGACGCCCUGACGCACAAGAGACCACAGGGGAUGCCCAGAGAGGUCUACGCGCUGCUGUACUCAGAUAAAAAAGACGCCCCGCCCCUGUUGCCUAGCGACACCACCCAGGGCUACCGCACGGCCAAGGCCAAGCUGGGCUGCAAGAAGGUGCGGCCCUGGAAGUGGAUGCCCUUCACCAACUCGGCCCGGCGGGACGGCGUCGUGCUCUACCACUGGAGGCUGGUGACCGAGGAGGGCAAGGACUACCCCUGGUCCAAAUACAACAAGACAGUGCAGGUUCCAGCGUACUCUGAACAGGAGUAUCAGCAGCAUCUCCAUGACGACGGGUGGACCAAGUCGGAGACGGACCACCUGUUCGACCUGGCCCAGCGCUUCGACCUGCGUUUCAUAGUCAUCCAGGACCGCUACGACCAUCAGCAGUACCGGAAACGCUCAGUGGAGGACCUGAAGGAGCGCUACUACGGCGUCUGCGCCAAGCUGGCCAAGCUCCGCCCGCACGCGGGGGGCGUGGCCGACUCCUACGUGUUCGACGCCAGCCACGAGCGACGCCGGAAGGACCAGCUGGAGAAGCUGUUCAACCGCACGCCCGAGCAGGUGGCGGAGGAGGAGUACCUGAUCCAGGAGCUGCGCAAGAUGGAGGCGCAGAAGAAGGAGCGGGCGCGGCGGGCCCAGGACGUGCAGAAGCUGAUCACGGCGGCCGACGCCAGCGCGGACACGCAGUGCGCCAAGCGCAAGACCACCAAGAGGAAGCUGCCCCUCCGCCCGGGUGCGGAGACUGCGGCCAUUCCCGAGACAACGGGCAUCAAGUUCCCCGACUUCAGGUCGUCUGGGGUCACGCUGCGGAGCCAGAGGAUGAAACUGCCCAGUUCGGUCGGACAGAAGAAGAUUAAAGCCAUCGAGCAGAUGCUUACAGAGCUGGAAGUGGACGUGAGCCCCAUCCCCACAGAAGAGGUGGUGCAGAUGUACAACGACCUGCGCAGUGACCUGGUGCUGCUGUACCAGCUCAAGCAGGCCCUCGGGAGCUGCCAGUACGAGGAGCAGACCCUGCGCCAUCGCCACGACGCCCUGCUCAAGAUGGGCGGGGCCGCGGCCGACGGACAGGCCGGCAGCGUGGGGGCGGAGCCUAAGGAGCAGGGCCUGGAUGCUGCAGGAGUGAUGCUCACCCCCAGCCCGAGGAAACAGAGGGAGUGGAUCCCCGGGUCUUCACCUGGCAAGAAAACCAAGCGGCUGUGAUGCGGAGCGGGGCGUGGUUCUCCUUUACAGAGGGGUCCCGGGCGCAGUGCUGGGGCGGUGCUGUGGCCUGGUCAUUUUGGUGAAGGGGGGGGCGGGGCUCGUUCAUCGUUCCACAGAAUGCGGUCUUGGCCAGACUGCUGCCCCCCUCGCUCCCCCCUCUCCCCUUUUCCGGGAACACGGUGUCCACACAGUCCAAACACCCACACUGGCCACUCGCUUCUCUUUUUCUCCCUCUCUCUCCCUCCCUCCCUCCCUCUCUCUCCUUCUCUACCUCCUCUACAGCCACCGGACACCGGCGCCACCACAGAGUGGACGUUGACUGACAUUCCAUUCCAUUAUUCCCCCUCGUCGCGCUCUCGUUGGCGAAAUGAAGUCGUAUGAACUGAAAAUUGCCACGGAGAACUAAUCAGGGGGCCCGGGAGUGUGCCUGUCCGUCUAAUUGAAGCGUUGACAAGCACCUAGUUAAAUGCGCGCCUCUCCUCUGCCAUUGUAAAGAUUUUGUAAAUGUCCUGUUUAUUAUAGCUUUUCACACUGUGUGACCGCCGUGCUUAUUGGGGCAGGGAGGGUGUCAGCUGACACUUCGCGGCCCCGAGAUUCCUCCACUUUGUCGGUUGGCCGCGGCCAAAACUGUGAAUAGAACUGGAAUGAGUGCGCUCGCGCAAACGCUUAGCAACAAUGUGUUUUUUUUCUUUUUCUUCCCGUUCCUUGAAAAAUAAAAACUUUUUUUUCUCAGGAAA